AUGACACAACGAAUCAACCUCAGCGACGACGGCGCAAGCUACAUCACCCUAGACACCCUCCCUCUGGAUCUCAAAGCCUACGGCACCGACGCCUUCGAAACCCUUUUCAAUCUCCACCCCGAACAGCGUGGAAAAGUUCAAAUGCCAUCCGGAGAAGUCGAGUCACCUCGCUGGCACAAGAGCUACCUCAACACACCAACCCACAACCCAGCAACACAUUUCAGCUACAUGUUUUCUGGCCACAAUGAUGUAUCAACUCGCGACUUGCUUCCUGAUGCAUUUCUGCCCUUCUUGAAAUAUGUCAAUCGCAAUGAUGAGACAUACAAUCAAGUGGUGAUCAAUUGGUAUAAAGAUGGACAGGACUUUACACCACAACACAGUGAUUGCGAGGAGGGCAUGAAGGAAGGCGCGGACAUCGUUAUCAUAUCCUUGGGCGAUGAGCGCGAUUUCAAGAUUCGUCCCAAGAACAUCAAAGUGGAAGGAACAGAUGGGAAUGCGGAUGUGGCUGCCAAGUCUGAGGGCUUGGAUGUGCCUUGUCCUCAUGGAUCUAUCUUGACCAUGGGUGGUCAUACGCAAAAGCUCUUCCGGCAUGGUGUUCCCAAAUCUGUAUCUGAGGGACCUCGCAUUAGUAUCACGUUCAGGAGCUUCAGAGAGUAG